UGAAUUAUGUCUCAGUGAUUUAUCAGCCUUCCUACAGAAUAUCCCUGUUAUUUCAUGAUACAAGACAAUGGUAGCAGAGACCUGAUGGUAUAUGAGAGAGUGUAUUUGGGCCUCCAAUCUUUGAUAAACACCCAUGAAUGUUUCAACAACCUGGUUAUAUUGAGAAUGUGUCACUGAGACUGUCAGAGGUUCUUGCUGAUAUUGGAGUGAAUGAGAGGAAUGUGCUGAAGAGAAGAAGAGCAUUACUACUAUGUAUACAUUAUCAUGCCAAAUAAAAGAUGUGAAUGGUUCAGUAUACAUUUCAGGCAGUAAGUCAGAGGGUACAACUACACUGAGACUCAAUUCAGACACUGGCAUACUAUUCUGUAUAAUGAAUUUCAUGUUAUACAGGAAUGAUGUGAAUUGGAAUCUGUUGUACGUAAUUACUUGAUGAUCCAGGAUGAGACUUUAUCAUCUGGUGUCUGUCUCCUUCAGUGCUCUUGUUUCUGACAAUAAUGUAACUAAUGAACAUCACUUCAGAAGCAGGAAGGAUACUGUUCUGGAUUCAGCAGCUGCUGAACAUCUUCAAGGAGUGAAUAUAAUUAAACAAUUAUGUCAGAAACUGGAGAAAAAAAAUUAGGAGGCAUACCCUUACCCAGGCAAGAACAUUGGAGAAAAAGAAUAACUACAGCAUCCUGUCAGUGUGAAUGAAUAAAUUGUGUUCUUCAUGAACUACGACAUGAAAUGUUCAGAACUACACAAGAGGACAUAGCUUUCAGAGACUGAGGUGAUAACUAGAUGGACUGGGCUGUUUUGUACUUGCCUCUACUUUCUACACUACAACACCUACAGCUUUUUUGGAGGCAUGAAAAUAAACAAGUGGCACUUCUUAACUGACCAGGAACAAAACCAUGGAUACAGGGAAACAACCCUGAACUUACUUGAAUGUUUCAACAACCUGGUUAUAUUGAGAAUGUAUCAGUGAGACUGUCUGAGGCUCUUUCUGAUAUAGGGGUGGAUGAGAGACUGGUUUUGAAGAAGAGAAGAGCAUGGCUGCUGAUAGAGUCUAUGAAUAGGAAAGUACUACAUCUACUGGAUGUGAAUGGUUCAACGUACUGUUUCGGCAGUCAGUCAGAAGCUACAACUACACAGGGACUCAAAUCUGACCUUGAUAUCCUUGUCUGUGGUAAUGGCUAUAAUGUGGUUCAAGACUGGGGUGAUUGGGAACCUGGUAGAAGAAAUUACUUGAUGAUCCAGGAUGAGACUGUAUCCCCUGGUUACUGUCUACUACAACAACUGAGAGACGAUGCUCCUCUUCCUUACCAUGGUGUACCUGAUCAAUAUUCUUUCGAGGAUAGAACAGAAAAAAUAGUGCUAAUGAAUACAGUCAUCAUGUCGUCUCCAUCAAUAGCUUCUUAUUUAGAGGGAACAAGGCAUGGUCCAGCACUUGCACGCCAAGGACGACCCGGGUUCAGUGAUACUGACGUUGUUCCUGCUCUCCCCUGUAAAUCAUGGCCUCAACAAGCUAGACAAUGGUUAGACAAGCAAGGUGUAGGUCAGUGGCCUUCAGAUGACAUUAGGAGAUAUUGUUGCAAUACUGGAUGUUUUGUUGUUGGAGUUGGAAGCAAGGGCAGUGAAAAUGAAGAACUGGAAUGGAGAAUAUCAACAUCCAAAGCAGAGAGGUGUUUAAUGCUCAAUUUAAAUAUUACGCAGAUUCGAUGUUAUGUCCUGAUGAAGAUGGUUCUGAAAACUUUCAUCAAGCCACACUUUAGUGACACCAUUUCAAGUUUCAUGUGUAAAACAGUCCUCUUUCACAGUAUUGCAAAUACACAUUCUAACAUCUGGAGAGAAGAUAAAAUACUUGUCUGCCUAUCACUGUGUUUAUUUGUCCUGUAUAACUGUAUUUUAAAUGAAAACUGUCCUCAUUUUAUCAUACCUGGAAACAACUUGAUGAGAGGACACAUUUCUCAUGAAUAUAAGCCUUACAUUCUUGAAAUACUGCAGUAUAUUAUAAACAGUGAAGGGAGAGCAUUACUGGGUAUUGAAUGUGAUGAUCUUGGUGCAAGGAUUCAGCUGAAGUUGAGUUGUUUUGUUGAAUUCAAAACAAGUGACUUUAUUUCAGGAAACAUAUUAGAAAAUACUGCAGGAUUCCUUGUUAUGGACAUUUGGAAUUGUCUAGUUUUGAUCAGAAGCAAUACUUACAAAGAAACUGUACAGAUACUGCUGAAAUAUAUUUUCAAACUUGUCAGAGUUUCUAAUCAAUGUCAAAGACUGGAUAAAACAGCUUGCUGCCUUCUGGCUCGUCCAUUAAGCACAACCCUGGGAACUGUUCUGGCCUCCCACAACAUUCAACAUGACAAUGCUAUUUCAGCCGAAGCUCUCACAUUGAUCUCGCUGGGUUUAAACACAGAUGUUGCAUCUGGUAAACUGAAGCUAGCAUCCAUGUUGUACUGUAUAGGGGAUACACAAAGGACAGAAAUUGUUCUCAGAGAUAUUGAAGAAAGCUAUGAUCUAAACAUUGUUGAGCCUAUUUGUCACUGUUAUCAGUUCAUCGCUCAAGCUCCAAGAAGAGGAUUCAUUGCAAUAUGUGACAAUCAUAAUGAAGAAGCUAUACAGUACACUACAGCACUCUGUGUCAAAUUUCUGCCAUGUGAAAUUAACUGUGUUCCAACAGAAUUAAAAUAUGAAAUGUUUAGAUCUACACAAGGGGACCUAGUUUCUAGAGGUAGAUUUGACCAUUGAAUGGACUGGGCUGUUGCUGAUUCGCUUCCUUACCUAUACUUCCUACAAUACAAGACAUACAGCAUUACUGGGAGACAUGAAGAUAAACAAAGAGCCCUUUCUAACCUUAUCAGAACCAUCGACCAGGAACCAAACCUUGGACACAGGGAAACAGCUCUGAACCUACUGGGACAAUGUAUGGAACAAGAGGGCCGAGCAAUGGAUGCUCUUCGGUGUUAUUUAUUAUCCAUUAGCUUAUGGGGAAGAAACAAUGCUGCCAAUGUUCAUAUCUGUAGACUGUUAUCUGCUCAAGUGAAUGGCAGUUAGUUUUGAAUAAAUAAGUCAUUUAAACAAUUGGUGGGGAAUAUUUGCAUCUAAACAUUACAGUAUUAAGGUGGCAGUAAAACAUACACACAUACUCAUCGACUCAGUGUUUCUAUUAUUUGUGGUCAUUUACAAUCAUGAAGUCCAUUCAGUGCAUUAUAGAGUUCCGCUUAAACAGCAAGUCCUAGUGGGUGUGAGGGGUGUUGCAGAUUUCAUUACCGAUGUUUAUUUAACAGACUAGGUCAAACUGAGUCUGCUGGGGUUUUUUUGCGCUUUAACUCUUAUCAUGCUGGACACAAAUGAUUCUGCCUUUGCGCCCAGUGUAGAUCAUGAUCAGCCUACACAUUAGUGCAGUCUGAUCAUGACCUGCACUGUUCGCCCUUCAGUCAGUAUCUUUUCGGUAAGCACCCUUUUAACAGUUAAUGGUACUGUCGAAAUUGAAAGAUGGACAAGUUAAUUAUAGAAAUUUAGCAGGGUAAGAGUUUUUAAUGCCUGAAUGAUAUCUUUGUAGAUUUUAUCAAAUUAGACAGAUGUUAAUUUCCGUAUAGAAUAAAAUAAAUAUGAAAAUAAAACAUACCCGCUGUAAACUAUGCAAUGUUUUGAAGAUUCUUCCUUUGUAUCUGUAAAAUUAAAAAAAAAAAAUCUUAAACACUUUUAAUGAAUUUUGGUGUUGAUUUCUUUUAAAUCUAUACCUGAUUUUAUUGCCUUUGUUUAUCUUCAAAACAGAUAUUGGUGUUAUGGGAGACAUUAUUACAUUGGAAGGAAAAAAAACCCAAUGCUAUAAGAGGAUUUUUUGGAAGAAUAGAAUGCAAGCAAGCACAGUAAUAGCAGACUGUUUGAAUGAGACUGUCUAUAUACAUUGAAUAGACUUCCUGAUCCCACCAAGCACAGUAAUAGCGUUUAUAUAUAUUGAAUAGACUUCCUGAUCCCAAAGGACAAAUAUGGGUAGACUUUUUAUGACCACUAUGGCAGUUAAAGACAGACGGUGUGAUAGUUAAUAAAAUCUAUCAAAAAAUAUCAGAAACUUUUGUGUUAAUACAUUAAAAAUGAAUAUAUAUUAAGUUCUAGACAACAUGUUAGUCAAACUAAUCCGAUGCAUACAGUUUGUUUUAUAGUGUGACUGGUGGCUGCAAAUGUCAGAAUUUUUUUUAAAAAGCAGCUACUUGGCGACAGUAUGCUUGUCUAGACAACAUGUAUAUUUGGUUGAUGAAAUUCUGUGUUUUAUUGCAUACACCAAAUUCAAACGUUAUAUGAGACAUUUGGCCGAUAUUAGUGUUCAUGUGAGCUGUUGUGCCAGAUAUUGAAGUUUGCAAGAAAAUAACGCCAGCGUCAUCGGACAAAUCUAACCUUCCGGCAUAUUACAUGAACUUUGAAUGAUGCUUUGCAACAUAAAAUCAUUUAAUCUUGUUUUCUUUGAAACAGCGUAGAGUGUAACAUAUACAAUUAAUAGUUUAUAAAACAUGGCUGGUGUACCUUAAGGCGAUAUUGGCAUUGCCCUCGGGCCAGUACCUAUAUUAGUAUGUCAUUAUUGCCUCAAGGCACACUGGCCUGUGUAAUAACCUCUAAAUAUCAGUGAGAUAUAAACCAUAUUACUCACUGCGUAUAGCCAUUGUGAGUGAUAUAGCUGUGUGUAUUUGUACACUGUGUAUUAAUUUAUGUCUAAUUUUUCGCAUAAAAAGAAUGAACUUUGUAGUGAUAGAGUAUAUUUUUUUAUUCAAAAACUUUACUUAAUAAAAAUGCUGCAAAAUAUAAAAUGAUAUGGAAAUUGUUAUCUUUAAAAUGUCGCAAGACGUCUGGCAUCAUGUUUGUUCACACAUGCCUAUACCCAUGCGGAUAUAAAUAUAUUUUUCAACGUAAUAAAGCACAACAAAGAUUUAGUUUGUUUUUCAUGAAUAUGAAAUAUAUCUCACCUUGUAAAAAGAAAAUUUUCAUAUUAACCCAAAACCAAAAAAAAAAAAAAUCCUCUUUUUUAUUUACUAUUUCUCAAUUUCGUUUGUUCA